AUGGGGACGUUGAACGCCUUUGAGGUCAAGUUCGAUCGGGAAUUCGCCAUCGCCAACAAGCACGGGCGAGGCGGUCAGUCUCAAAACCGCUUCGCCCGACUGGCCGAAGAGAGCCGACAGAACCACCUUCGGGCCGUCUACGAGCGCAUGCAGAGAGCCUUUCUCGCGGAGGACUCCUCUUCUGUCGUGGACGCCAUCGUGGUCGCCGGCCCCGGACCCAUGAAGGCCGACUUCUUGGAGAGCCUCCCGCGCCGCUGGCACCCUCUGACCUUCGAGCAGACCGUGACCACCACGCAGGCGGGCCGGACGGGGCUGCAGCAGCUGGUGGCGCACAUGAAGGAGGUUAUUGCAAAGGUUCUUGAACUGACCUGUACUGCAUAUACUGCCUGCGUGUGA